AUGAAGUUUGACUCACCCGUACUACAUCCAAACAACGAUAAUGUCUGCAUUUCAAUCCUCCAUGCUCCCGGAGACGACCCCACGAUGUACGAGUUGUCUUCCGAACGUUGGUCUCCAGUACAGAGUGUGGAGAAGGUCAUAUUGAGCGUCAUUUCAAUUGGCGCGAAUAUUGACUGCUGCAACUUGUACCGAGAAACCAAAGCCGAGUAUGCGCGUCAGGUACGAAAGAUGGUGGUGGAGCAGCUCGAUAUUGAGGCAUGAGUUUCGUCACGGUGGAGCCCUUUUAUGUUCGUAACAUCUUCCCUGAGUAUUUGCGAUGGGCAACGAUUUCGAAUGCCGAUGCCCAGAGGCAUUUUAGAAUAUCGAAAAUUCCAUCCAUAUGAUUAGAUUACCCCUAUGGUUCUGUUUAGUCCUCUAGCUUGUACUAUAAUGUGUAGCGAGUGAGCUGAAUCGAGAACUCCGAAAAUGGAACGUAGACUCGUGUCAGCG